AAUUACAGCGAAUCGACGUUACCCGUCUCGCGCUGGCAGUUUUCGGUGUGGCGGCUGUUUUAUUUAUAGCGGAGGAGGUCGCGGUGGGAUCUAAAAGCUCCUCGACUCACCAGUAUCACCAGCACAUUCACACCGAGCUCGUCUCGCACCGGAACUUAAAAAUCGACCCAUUGAUAGAUCGGAUCUAUAACUUGAAGGGAAAAGUUUUUCUCUUUUUUGAAAAUCGCAAACCGGUCUCCUAUCGCGGCGAUAACUCGUGUACGUUGCUUCGAUCGGAGUUCUAGGGCCCUCUGGGAAAGGAACAUGUGACUUUUGUACCGCUGCAGCUGGGUAACAAAGUGAUCGAUUUGGUGUUAAUAUAGUGGAGUUGAAGUUUCACGUGUCGCGCAUGGUUAAAAACUCGUUUAUUGAUAGGUAGAUUGAUCGAGGCCCUUGCGUCGGUGCAAACUACAAUGAUUAAUCACCACGUUUAUUAGGAUUAACGUAUCUCGGAAUUGCUUAUGGAUUGCCAUGAUUUUACGGCCAGAUUUCUGAAUUUCUAAGCACGAUUAGAAACCGAGAUAUAAUUUAUUAUAAAAUUGCAAUUAUUUUUAACAAACCAUUAUUUGGUCUCCAAGCGCGACAAAAAUGUAGUGAAACGUAACUAAUUUGGAACGCGUAACUUCAUCAAUAUCUUGUUUUAAUUUUAUUUAAUCUGCUGUUUUAUGCCUUGCAAAAUUAGAGGCUGAAUUAUAUGGCCCAGAAUGCAAUUCUUUAAUAAUAAUUGCAGAAUUGAUCACUGUCGAGGUUUAUCGUUGAUGCUAAAAAUUGAUGCUGAUGAGUCAAGGUCAGGGCUAGAGAGAUUUAUAUGUCCGAUAUACUCUUGAAGAUGUCACAGACUGUUACACUAACUUGUCGGCAUCGAUCCAAAGAUCGGGCGAUUCUAGAGCAGCGAAUUCCAAUUUUCAGAAGACACGGUAUUUUCUCGAAAAUAUGAUACCAUUCAUUCGAAUAUCGAGUAUACAUGCAUAGUUAUAUCAUUUAUACCAUUACACAGUCGGCUAGUUUAUAUAAAAGCGAGAAGUUUGAAAACGAGGACGCUUUCAAAAGUUCAAAUUGGCAUUCGGUGCGAAAUAAGAGAAGCCUGAUAAAUUCAAAGUCUAUUUAGAAUGCAUUAAACAGCGUCAUAGAUAAAAAUUGGAACUAAACGUUAAACCGCAUAUCAUAAAUUUGAAUAGAGAAGUGAAAAAGAAUUACUCGUAUAUUCCAUAAUAAAUACAGAUAUUGUCAUAAUGUCAAAUGCAUAUCAAAGCAAGAUUUUGUGGAAUCCAGUAAGCAAUUCUAAUAAUCUCAAUCCUCAACUAGUAAUUGUAAAAGUCUGUCAUCCAUCAAUUAUGGCGAGAAGCGAUAACUUAAUUUCUUAAAUCUUUAAUCGAGCGUCUGAAUCGACGGGUCCUAUUUCGAUGCACCUAUCCUACAUGGAACUCUAUGUGUGCCGUGUAUUUGUGUCGAGCAAAUUAAAUGAAGGCAGGCGGUAGGUCGUGAUAAAUGCGGCUCCGAACCAGAACUCGACGAAUCUCGUGUCGGAAGUUGACGGACUCGCGAAGCUGACGAAAAUUACUCCAGUCGACUGGAGACGCGCGUAACCCUCUUCUCUUCGGUGGCAACAAGCAUCGUAAUAUCUUUGGUGCACCUCGAGCUUCCGUACGUCAACUUUUGCUUCUCAAGAUGGCACAUCUACGGCGUCCAAUGAGGCGGGAGCAUUACAAGCCUUUUGGAAGAAGAAGGGGCUCGGCGGACUCGAACUACUCGCAGCCGAGCUCGGAUCUUUCGCUGGACGAGGAGAAGGAGAGCUUGCGACGCGAGAAGGAGAGGCAGGCCCUCAAUCAACUCGAAAAAGCCAGAUCGAAGCCGGUAGCGUUUGCAGUGCGGACUAACGUGAGCUAUGACGGAUCCGUCGACGAUGACUCACCUGUCCACGGUUCGGCCGUCAGCUUCGACGUCCGUGACUUUCUUCACAUCAAGGAGAAGUACGACAACAACUGGUGGAUCGGCAGGCUCGUGAAAGAGAAUUGCGACGUGGGUUUCAUCCCGUCGCCCGUGAAGCUGGAGGCCUUAAGGUUGCAGGCGAGCGCCGCGCGUGGCACGAAGGGCCUCUACUCGACGCGAGGAGGGUCUUCAGGGAACCUUGGCGAGAGUGGUAUGCCCUCACGUGGUUCCACACCACCUACGCCAGGUGACGACAGCGAUAGCGUCGGGAACGUACGACCCGGCAAGGCCACCCUGACGACCCCACCUGCUAAGGAGAAGCGGAAGAACUUCUUCAAGAAGCCGUCCUACGAGACGACGACUCCCUACGACGUGGUACCUUCCAUGAGGCCCGUGGUGCUGGUCGGGCCGUCGCUCAAGGGCUACCAAGUGACGGAUAUGAUGCAGAAGGCACUCUUCGAUUUUCUCAAACAUCGCUUCGAAGGCAGAAUUAUUAUCACAAGGGUAAUGGCGGAUAUAUCGUUAGCGAAGAGGUCCUUGCUGAACAAUCCAACUAAAAGAGCAAUCAUGGAACGAUCGACCAGUAGGAGCAGUUGUUUAGCGGAAGUUCAACAGGAGAUCGAGAGGAUUUUCGAACUUGCUAGGACUCUUCAGCUAGUUGUUUUGGAUUGCGACACCAUAAACCACCCGUCGCAAUUGGCGAAGACCAGCUUAGCGCCCACUAUCGUUUACUUGAAGAUUUCUUCGCCGAAGGUGCUGCAGAGGUUGAUCAAGACUCGAGGAAAGUCGCAGAUGCGUCACCUUAACGUACAAAUGGUGGCCGCGGAAAAGUUGGCGCAGUGCCCGCCAGAGAUGUUCGAUGUCAUCCUGGACGAGAAUCAGUUAGAGGAGGCAUGCGAACACGUGGCCGAGUACCUGGAAGCUUACUGGAGGGCGACGCAUCCGCCCGACUUUUCGACGGUGCCACGCGCCGUGCCUGCACCCGACGCACCGGCGGACACGUACCCGCAACGCGUGCCAUCAGGUGCCCCUCAUGAGCCUUACUAUCAUCGAAGAGGGGCCAGAGAUGACGGUACGAGAAGGUCGCGGCUGGAGCGGAUGGAUCGCGAUCGAAGCGAUCGCAUGGAUCACGACUACAGCGAGGAGGAACACGGCGUCGAUUACGGUAGUGCCUCGAGACGUCGCCAGCAGCAGGACUCGCGUGCUCUUAAUGCUAUUUAGGAGCUGGGGCCCCGGGGCCUGUCGCUUCAGCGCUGUCCCCACCUGCGCACCACCGCCCUUUAGCGGGCUCGCCUCCCGGUAACGCUACCGAACGCUAGGAAGUGCGCAACGCUACCUCGCGAUAAGAUCGCUGCGCUCUGUUAGUGGGGCUGUUUCCUGUCGCGCUGCUAUAUGCUAAGAAAGACAAGAAGAGUACAGAAAUCCAGAUCGGCUGACAGCACACGCCACCAACGAAUGUAAAAGGAAAAGAGAUGCUACCAUAAUAUCGAUUCUAUCCGGGCGCACCUCGACGAUCUCGAGACCGUCGACGAUUCAUCUCCGCGUACCUUAUUCCACCGUGAAACCUCGCUAUCGAUACGCUACCCGUCGCCAUGGGGCGCGCACGUCAAUCCCGGAAACCUUUCACGCUUGCAUCUUUAUUCGCGCUACCUGCAAGGGAAAAGUACAAAUCGCAACGCAACAUUUUAUUGCCGUUUAAUUAGGGGAUACGAGUUCAGUUGCGAACACGACUGCUGGGGAAAUUUUUUGCCAUGCUCUAAACGCGCAUCCUUAUCUUCCGCAAGCACUCGCAUCUGUAAUAAUACACCACUUACGAGUAUACGCUGCUGUUAUUCCUUUUUACUCUACUGCACGGAAAGGAAAUUAUGUAUCAACCAAAAUCUGUAUUCUUAAUAAUCUGGAUACUUGCUUAAUAUUGCAAUCCAUAGCAAACACAAUCGCGGCAGCCCGUGAACGUUCGAUUCAAGCAACUUCUUGUUUCUUUUUCAUUCAACAGCAUUUUUUUCCGUGUAGAUACUUCGAUAACAUUCGCGAUCAACUUAAUUGUACAAUUAUACUUAAUGAAGGGAACAUGUCAACAUGCCCAUCCCCGCUCAUUGUAACGACUAAGC